AUGAAACGUUUCGAAAGAGAAGAUGUCCUGGUGGCAGACAAGGAGAAUGUGGUCGACAAUAAACGCAAAAGAUCAACCGAAACAAUUGAUUCGCUGGCAAAAAAACAACGUCUGUCAACGGAAUCUAAUGAAGAACUUGAUCGUAAUGUCCGUUUGGAAUAUCUACUCAAACAGAGUGAAUCAUUUUCCAAUUUCCUUACGGCCACAACAAAACUGCCAACAAACAAGAAACAGCCGCUGCAGCAGCAACAGCUAAAAAAACAGAAUAACAAAAAACAAAAUAAACAACAACAAAUCACAGAAGAUAUUAAUAACAACAAUAAUAAUGGUCCCUUCCGCUUUGUAUCAUCACCCGAUUACAUCAAAGGUCAAAUGCGAGAUUAUCAAAUUGUGGGACUAAAUUGGAUGAUUUCGCUGUAUGAGAAUAACAUCUGUGGCAUAUUGGCCGAUGAAAUGGGUUUGGGUAAAACCCUACAAACCAUAUCCCUAUUGGGCUAUAUGAAACACCAUUGUAAUGAAGCUGGUCCUCAUUUGGUUAUUGUGCCCAAAUCAACGCUACAAAAUUGGAUGAAUGAAUUCCAGAAAUGGUGUCCAACGAUUCGAGCUAUCUGUCUUAUUGGCGACAAAUCGGAUCGCAAAGACUUUAAAAAGGAUAUUCUAGCCGUCGGCAAUUGGGAUGUCUGUGUAACAUCAUACGAAAUGAUAAGAUACGAAAAACAGGUGUUGCAGAAAAUCCAAUGGCGCUACAUGGUCAUUGAUGAGGCCCAUCGCAUUAAGAACGAAAAAUGCAAACUAUCGACAUUUAUACGACAGUUUAGUACCACAAAUCGUUUGCUGUUGACCGGUACCCCAUUACAAAAUAACCUACAUGAAUUGUGGGCUUUGUUGAAUUUCAUGCUGCCGGAUAUUUUCAAUAGCGCCGAUGAUUUUGAUCAAUGGUUCAACACAGAUGCCUGUCUGGAUGAUGCGGCCUUGGUGAAGCGGUUACAUUCCAUAUUGGAACCUUUUCUGCUGCGCCGCUUAAAAUUGGAUGUGGAGAAGAGUUUGAAACCGAAAAAAGUCACCAAAAUUUAUGUGGGGCUGUCAAAAAUGCAAAUCGAAUGGUAUCAGAGAAUAUUGAGAAAGGAGAUAACGGUGGUAAAUAACAUUGAUAAUAGUGUGACAAAGAGGAAUUUGUUCAAUACACUUAUGCAAUGUCGCAAGUGUACCAAUCAUCCGUAUUUAUUCGAUGGUGCCGAACCAGGACCACCCUACACCACGGAUAUGCAUAUUGUCAAUAAUUCGGGGAAAAUGAUGGCAUUGGAUAAAAUUCUCCAUCGUCUACAGCAGCAGGGAUCAAGAGUUUUAAUAUUUUCACAAUUUAAAAUCAUGUUAACUAUAUUGGAAGAUUAUUGUGCGUGGCGUUCGUUUAGCUAUUGUCGCCUAGAUGGCAGCACACGUCACGAAGAACGUACACGACAAAUCGAUGAAUAUAAUGCCAAAGAUUCAAAAGUAUUCAUAUUCCUGCUAUCAACCAGGGCCGGUGGUUUGGGUAUUAAUUUGACCACAGCCGAUGUCGUUAUAUUCUAUGACUCGGAUUUUAAUCCGCAAAUGGAUUUACAGGCCAUGGAUCGUGCCCAUCGCAUUGGCCAGACGAAAAAGGUGCGAGUAUUUCGUUUAAUUACCAAAGACACGAUCGAAGAGAAAAUCAUCCAGAUGUCGGAAAAGAAAUUGGAACUGGAUAAGACGGUAAUACAAAAGGGCAAGAAUGCAUUUGUAUUGAGUAAGGAUGUUAUAUUGGAUAUGUUGCGUGGUGAAAAGAUCGAUGAGCGGAAAGAAUUUGUUUUAAGCGAUCGAGAAAUUAAGGCUAUACUUGCAAAAGAUGAUGAUGACGAUGAUGAUGAAGAGAAAGUGGUGGGAAAGUAG